AUGCUUAAAAAAGACCUUUUCUUAUUUUUUUUUAUCUUCUGUUUUUUUUUACGACAAAAAAAUAUAUUAUGUAGUUAUAAAGAAUGCUCUUUAUUAACAGAUGAUAUUAGAAUAUUAUCAUAUUGUAAAAAUGAAUCUAAAUGUUUUAUCAAAACUUUUAAUAAUUCAGAAUAUUCUUCUAUUAUAUGUAUAUGCAAAAAGUAUCUGAACGAAUCAUUUUUUGCAGGACCUGAUUGUUCAAUAAAUGUUCCUUAUCAUUAUAAAACUAUGAAAAAUAAUGAGGUUCAAAAUACCAGCUGGAUUGAAGAUUUAUUCAAAUUGAAUACAUGGAAAAAUGAAGAAAAUAGAGUUGGAAGGGUAUGUGUUAAUCCGCAAUGUAGUUAA